AUGCACAAAGGAUGGAAGAAGUACUUCGGGCAGAAGUCUCUGAAUGAAGUGACUAUGGAUGAAUACCUGGGGAGCCUGGGGCUGUACAGGAAGCUCACCGCCAAGGAUGCCUCGUGUCUCUUCAGAGCUGUGUCCGAGCAGUUGUUCUACUGUCAAAUUCACCAUAAUGAAAUUAGGAAAACCUGUGUGUCCUAUAUGCGCAAGAAUGAAAACCUGUUUGAAUCCUAUGUGGAAGGGCCAUUUGAAAAGUAUCUGGAGCGAUUAGAAGAUCCAAAGGAGAGUGCUGGUCAGCUUGAAAUAACAGCCCUAUCCUUGAUCUUCAAUCUAAACUUUAUUCUCUAUAAAAGUCCUGGAAAGCCACCUACAUAUGCAACAGAUAACAAUUGUGAUGGAAAAAUAAUGUUGUGCUCUUCGAGCAAUGGACAUUAUGACUCAGUAUUUACAAAAACUUUUCAAGGAAAUGCAGCCAUAUGUCAAGCUGUUCUGUACGAAUGUCUGUACAGAGAUGUCUUUGGCGUGGACGAGAGAGAAUUGAUUUCUGCUGUUGAACUUUUCCGAAGUGGCACUAAGAAGAAUCGCAAUAGUGCAUCCACAGGCAGUGAAGAUGCUAGCUUUGACUGUGUCCCAGAGCAAUCAAGUGAUCGGAGGACAGAUGAAAGGGAAAGGAAAGACUGUGAAAAUGCAUUGGACGAUAAAACUAAGCAGGGUUUUGAUGAAACAAAGUCUUCAGAGAACCCAAACAAAAUGCCUUUUCCUUACAAAGUAUUGAAAGCGCUGGACCCAGAAAUAUAUAGGAAUGUGGAAUUUGAUGUUUGGCUGGAUAGUAGAAAAGAACUCCAAAAAACUGACUGUAUGGUGUUUGCUGGAAGGCACUAUUGUCUUGGUGACAAAUGUCAGGUGCGUUUGGAGCCAGGAGGACGUUAUUACAAUGCUCAUAUCCAAGAAGUUGGGCAUGAUAGUAACUCUGUUACAGUGUUCAUUGAAGAACUAGCUGAAAAGCACCUUGUUCCACUAAUAAACUUAAAACCAGUCACUCAGGUAAUCCCACUACCUGCAUGGAAUUCAUCCACUAACCGGAAAGGAGGGAACUACCAGAAAAUACAAGGGAAUUUUAACAGUGAGAUAGAUCUUGACUUGAAAUCUCGCAAAAGACUAUUCAAGAAAGUACGUGGAAAGGAGACUCAAGGAAACCUUCCAUCUUAUGAACAAUUCCGGCCUCUGCAGUCUCCUCAUAGGCAAAGCAGGAGCUAUGGAAUCCCAAAGGGAUCACCUCGCUAUAUCAACAGACACCCCAUAAUGGGAACAGAUAUCUCUUUUUACCACAGUCCAGGAAAACGAUGCUAUCAAACAUUUGACAAUUUCUCCUACCGAUCCAGGUCCUACAGCCGGAGUCGUAGACCAAUGCCAUGUGUAAAUAAAGAUUGUCAGUUUGGAUUUGUAGACAGAGAGGAGGAACAAAGAGGCCUAGAAGAAUCAAUAACGUAUUAUGAAAUUGAAGAUGGAGAAGAUGCAACCUUUUCACCUUUAUCUGCGCAGGGUAACAAUAUGGUGCCUGCUCCAGGGUUUUGGGUAGCAAGGAGUAAUCCAGGCCCCAUUGGCUCUGGCAAGCAAAAUAUAAAUUCGUCUGAAGAAGAGAUUGAGGAGCAGAGUGAUGGUGGGGACUAUCACGGAGACUUCAUCUAUACUUCAGAAACUGGAUUUGAUAAUGCUUCCUUAUAUAGCACAACAGAGUCCACCCAGAAUUUGUCUCUUCAAGAUGAUUCCAGAGUUUUGCCUUCCCAAGAUGACGUGGUUUCAUAUAAGUACUCUGAACAGGUUACUUCAGUGAUUUCAACCUCUUCUUGUGUGAAUGCUGCCCCAGCUACUGUUAUGUCUUCAAACUCAGCUGUUGUCAUCCCAUCCACCACUACCUCAUCUGUCUUACCGCAGACUGCUGUGCAACCAAUGAUUGUCUCUCCACCACCAGCUACAGGAAGGCCAGCUCCUCCCGGCCCUAAUGAGAUGGGAGACUGCACUGUUCCACUGCCACCUCCACCACCUCCUUAUUCCUGUGAUCCAUCUGGGAGUGAUUUACCUAGAGACACAAAGGUUUUACAGUACUACUUUAAUCUUGGAUUACAGUGUUAUCACCAAAGCUUCUGGCAUUCUAUGGUCUAUGUGCAGCAAGUUCCACCUCAGGCACACAUCGAGCCUUACCAAUCUUUUCCAGAAUCGGUUUCUAUUGUUGAUCAGUCUGUAUCUCCACUGUACAGUGAGAAUAGAUCAAUGCCCAUGGAAACAGGAGGUGCAUUUCCCCAAGAAUCAUUGUCUCCCCCACAUGGAACAGUGUAUUACCCUUAUGUGACUGAUCCAUACAGCCAGCCACCAUUAACUGGUUUUGACUCCUGUGUACCUGUUGUGCCUACGUAUCACUAUUUAGGAUCUUGGCAACCUAUGAGCCAGCCCUACAACAGUUCCCCACGGAUUCACAAUGCAGUCAAUGCUGGCCACCUACACCAAGUGAGCUACAUCGCAGCACCCACUCCUCCAACCCACUUUGUGCCCCAGGCUAUUUGAGUGGAUGACCUGACAUAUGUACAGAAACAAGGAGUUUUUCACAAACUUAGUCUCUGGUGUGACUAAUCUGAAGACGUUCUUUAUUUACACAGACGUGAC